UUUGGCCCAUUUCUCUGAUCUGGGAAGAACUCAAAACGAGGAACAGACGACGAUUUAGGAGUUCGAAAGAGGGAAAGGCACCGAAAUAUGGCAGGGAGACUCAGCAAUUUUGGCUCAAGGAUCCUCGGCGGCGAUGGCGUUGUUACUCGUUCAAUCGCUUCAUCUCUCCGACUUCGCUCCGGCAUGGGCCUCCCCGUCGGCAAACACAUCGUCCCCGAUAAACCCCUUCAUGUGAACGACGAACUGGUUUGGGACAAUGGGACUAAUUUGCCCGAGCCCUGUAUUGAUCGCAUUGCGGAUACGGUUGGGAAGUACGAAGCCCUGGCUUGGUUAUGUGGGGGCUUGGGAUUUUUUGCAUCUCUGGGAUUUUUGGCUGUGUGGAACGAUAAAGCCUCUAAGAUACCAUUUGCCCCAAAAGUGUAUCCUUAUGACAACCUAAGAGUUGAGCUUGGCGGAGAACCAGAAUCGUAGGUAGACCUCACGAUGAACGACCGUUCCAUUUUGGUACUGUUUCUUCAGAUACAAGUCCUUGUUGAAUUGUAAGCGUUUGGAAUUUUCUAUGCAUCAAAAUAAUGGAUGUUGUUGCCUGUGCUGAAAUCUCUUUUUGGCACUGUGUAAAUCACUUCUAUAUUUUGAUUCUUAUGAUGAGAUUCUCAAGACUUUUUGCCAUCAAUGCUGAAUAAUAUUUCAAUAGGUGUUACCAUUUUGAGAUUGGA